AAAAAUGUCAAGUAUUGCUCAUAGCUUCCCAGAUAAGAAGCCAGAGCCAAGCAUAGAGGAUUAUUCUGUUAAAAUGCCCCAGAUCAAUACCCAGCCAGUUAACUUUUGAUUCUCGUACGAUAUGCAAAAGUCAGGCGACCACUCCACUUCUACCUCAAAGAUUUCCCAUCCCUCACCACAGAAAGGUAAAGUUCGAAAAGUGAACAAAAACAUGAUUAAAUUUAAAAAGAGGAAGAAAAAUAAAACUCAUCUCUCUAACCCAAUGCACCUUAAAGAGGACUUUCAAAGUAUCACCACAGAUGAAGAGCUGCCAAAGAUGCAAAGAGUAGAGAAAGAGUUCACUUCAGCAUCCAAGAAGAAGCCCAAAAAGCAGCGGGUGGAGAACUUAUCUGCUCUUUCUGUAUCUGCUAACAACAUCACACCUACUGUUGAAAAGCCUUAUCCCCGAACUUAUUCAUAAGAGG